CUUCUUAAGAAAAACAAUUUCUACUAGUUUAUGGUCACUUAAAUUCUGUCAAUGAUUUUGCAAUACAAAUUCUGGACCUUCAAAAAUGAUUUUUUAGUUAUAUAAAUUAAUAUACAAUAUGCCGAAGGGGCCAAACUUCCCGGGUGGCUUCCGCUUACCCCGCUUUAGAUUGCCAAUUAACACCGUCACACAAAUCCUGGUUAGCCCACCCGGGCAAAAAGAAUUUAAGAAAUUGACGAAGAGGGCAUCUAAGUGUGUGCGGUCGAUGUACUACGCAAUGAACGGGAAUAUUGUGGCCAUCAUAACAGUCAUAGUCGUGGUCAUGCUGAGCUUCCUCCUCCCCGAUCUCACGCAGAAACUCCACGCCAACCCUCACGAGCUCAAAUCCAUGAGAAAAGUCUUGGACAAAAUGUCUAACGAAGUGAAACGCGCAGAAGCAGCAUGUCUGACGGUUGCAGAUGAGAUCUGUAACCUACAAUGCAACAUGCAUGAUGACACCACGGAAACUUCAAAGCAAAGAGUGCAAGACCUGUCAGUCUGCACCAGCCAUUGCAUGCGAACUACACAAUCGGAACCGGCCCACGCUGAAAAAAAAAUGGGUUUCUUUCGGCGUAUUUUCUUCCCCAAUAGAAACGCAUCUCACAAGGAAAUCACGCUUAUGUCGUACCUGUACACAGACUCAUUCGACGGAAAAGCAAGUGAGCAGCCGCAAAUAAGCCCCAACUUGUGAGUGUGACCACAAAAAAACAAUGCAAUUAAAAUCCAAUGUCAACAAAUGCUUUGAUAAAUUAAAUACAAAAUAGUAA